GAUUACAGUCUUGUAGAGAAUAAUUUUUUAUAAUUAAGGAUGCACAUAUAAAACCAAUAAUGAAAAAUACCAAUGAAAAUUCAAGUGAAUACAUGGAAACGAUAAUAUCAAUAGUGGAUUCAAUUAUUCAGAGAUCUAUCGACUAUGUACAAAACUUAAACAGUGAUUCAUCGAAAGUUGACAUAAAUCAUGGAAAUUCUGAAAAUACUCAACAGCAUGGUGCAACAAUAGGUCAAGGGAAAUCAGAUGAGUCUCCAGAAAUGAUACGUAAUCUAAUAACAUCAAUAAUACAGUCAUCAUUAUAUCGUGUCUAUGAAAAAGAUCUACUUAAUAAACUAAGUAUGAACCCUGAGAAUUCUGAAAGUCCAUAUGAAAUCAACCCAACGGAUUAUAAUUACUAUGAUUUGGAAAAAUUAUAUCCCAAUGAAAGUUCAUAUAAAAUCACUGAUGAAAUUAUCUUAUCAGAUAAACCUUUACCAAUUCCUAAUAUACAAUGGCCUACUAUUGAAGAAUUUACACCCAAAUUAGGACUGGAAAAAAUUGAGAAAUAUGUAAAGUGUUGGGAAAUAAGUGAUAAGUGGCUUUACUGCGUUGAUAUUUUGCCAAUCGUGGAACUAAAGAAUGAAACGCUUCAUAAAUAUCGAGUGAAAUUUAGUCUACCAUCUAGGCGUUCACCCAUACCAAAAUCUACGGUAUCGGUUUACUUCACGCUACGAAUAUCUCGGAUAAAGCCAAAGAAUUCAGCUAUACUUGUCUAUUAUCAAGUCGAAACAUUCCGCUCAAUACAAAUUCCAGGAAAGAGCAGAUUUUCAGAGAGAUGGUUAACGGAUGUUGUCAAUAGCAAGAUACGAUUAAUGUCCUAUGUCACUUUCUAAAUACUUACUUGGACAUGAAACAAAAAAGUACUUGAGUUCAACUACUAUAACAUGUAUGAACAUUGCUUUCAUUCCAGAUAAAUACUUGGAGCAGCAUUGUUAGUAUUUUAGUGUAUUGUCAGCUGACAUGGUUUGCAAUGUAUCUAAGUUAU